CCAGAAAGGUGAUUUAGGUGAUGCUGUAUUCGGUCCCAUUGAUAGAAGCCAGACCAAGCUCAUAGAGAAACGACUUCGUGCCGAGGCCGUGCAAAAGGAGCUGAUGGCUGCUUGGACGAAUAAAGCGAAGGCACUGAAGGAGGCUCGAGUCCAACAGCAGAAGGAGGAGGAGGCAAUGUUGGCAAAGGCUAAAGAAAGUUUAAAUGAAGAACGCGCCCGCCAAUUCGCCAAGCAGCUUGCGGCCAGACGUCAUCUGGAGAUGGCUUGGUUGGCCGCGAUGCAGGAGCACAGGUCCCAUCGGGCAGAUCAGGCCCGAGCGAAUUGGCGAAGCGAGGCCGAUUGUGUCCUGCUGCAUGAUCAAUGUGCUGAUUAUGUCAGAUGCAAACAAUGCCAACGGCGUCUUGAUAAUGUUGGGCAGUCAAACUUGUUCAAGGAUAGCUUCUUUGCCCCAGGAACUCGAUAUAUCUGCUAA